GGCCAGUAGUCCAGCUGAUGAUGCGAAAGGAUGCAGAAGCCAACAUCGAAGUCUCCGAAAGAAAGGUGACCAUGUUCUUCUCUGACAUCGCGAGUUUUACGACCAUCGUCGAGAGCAUGCCACCACAAAAAUCAUUGCUUCUGCUGAGCCGCUAUUUUCAGGAGAUGUCCAAAAUUGUGGAUCAACAUGGCGGAAUCGUGGUGGAGUUCAUAGGCGAUGCCAUCCUUUGCAUCUAUGGGGCACCGGUGGUGAACGACAAACAUCCAACUGUUGCUGUGAUGGCGGCAGUGGAGAUGCUUGCCGCGAUGACCGGGAUCAAUCAGUGGCUACAUCGGCGAGGCUUGCCAACGAUUUCCAUUCGCUGCGGGAUUCACACCGGCGAGGUCUUGGUAGGCAACAUGGGCAUGCAAUACCGGAUAAAGUAUGGCAUAGUGGGGGACGAAACGAGCAUGCCAGGGAGACUAGAAGAGUUGAACAAGACCUAUGGCACUCAGCUGCUGGUCUCAGAGUCCACACAUAGCGAGAUGGAAAUCGAAGGAUUCGUUUCUCGACCCAUUGACUUCAUCCGCCCAAGUGAAUCCGCUCAGGAAAGGGAGAGUCAACAGAUUUUCGAGGUUUGGAAGAGCAACAAGAAGCCAUCAAAGGCUUCUCUGGAAGAAAAGGCGACAGAUAUGUAUGCGGAGGGCAUGCAACAUUACAGGCACAGACGAUUUUCAGAAGCGAAGGAUUGUUUCACCACUGCUGGCAAAGCCAUGCACAAACUCACCGGCACACAGGACACAGCUUCAGCUCUGAUGCUGAACCGCUGUGCGUCAUAUUUGGAAAUGCCGCCGCCCGAAAACUGGGAUGGGGUCACUUGGCAUUCUCAGUGA